AAUGUCCAACUCCAAUCCUAUAUAGAGUUAUAGACUCUCUCUUUGCUUCUCCUCUUGUUCUUGUUCUUCGCAGAGCCCAGCCACGCACCGCGCCCACCACAUCCCACACGCACCGCACCCACCACACCUCUGUUUCGCUGAGCCACCACAGUCCACAGGCCCACACAGCCCUGGCUUGAUUUUGCAGGGCGGUGUGAUUGAUUGUUGAUAAUAAUAGAAAUGAACAACCCUCAAUCAAGUGAAGGAAGGCCCGAUGAUGAUGCUGCACUCUCUGAUUUCCUUGCUUCCUUAAUGGAUUAUACUCCCACUAUACCUGAUGAGUUGGUGGAGCAUUACUUGGCCAAGAGUGGCUUUCAGUGCCCUGAUGUUCGAUUGACUAGACUUGUAGCUGUUGCCACUCAGAAAUUUGUUGCUGAAGUUGCAGGCGAUGCACUCCAGCACUGCAAGGCAAGACAGGCAACGAUUCCAAAAGACAAAAGGGACAAGCAACAGAAGGAGAAGCGCCUAGUUUUAACAAUGGAAGACUUAUCAAAGGCACUGCGUGAGUAUGGCGUGAAUUUAAGGCACCAAGAAUAUUUUGCUGAUAGCCCUUCUACUGGAGUAGAUCCUGCCACCCGAGAUGAAUGAGACCAAUGAUGAAUCAGGCUUCUACAUUUUCAUAUGAUUGUUUUGUAGUCUAACUAAUGGGGUGAUUUUCAUGAUGCACAAACUGUAGCAACGUCUUGAAGCUGCAAAAGCACUGCAAUUGGUCAGAACUAUCAUUAAAGUUGCUUGUCAUAACUUGUGAAUCUUGGUCCUUGGAAGUAUCUACAAUCAACUUGUCUAAUGUUUUUCUCUCUAAAUGCUCUGUCUGUACCAUAUUUUUCUUCCUUGGAAGUAUGAGAUUUGUAUAAUGCAUUGCAAAAGUCAUUAAGGUUGUUAUGUUAUUCAUUUUCAUCUUA